GCGACUUUAUCCGUCUGGCUUUACUCUGUUAUGGAAGCCAUUUUGGGAUUUUCCUUGUAGUUAUUGUGAGUCAAGCACGUAACUUUUAUCUAUUCCCACAACGAGCGCGGAAUUUGGAUCGGGCGUUUGGAUACAUGGUUAUUUCUAUUUUAUUUUUAUAUUGCCGUCGAGAUGCGACACACAUUUGCGCAUCCUUGAACUGGAUUGUCAUUUCUGAACGGGACUAUCUUCAAAACAACGGGAGAUUAUAGAAACUGAUGGUCAAACUGCGUGCUCAGCGAGUUACCAUGGAUUUUUCCCCUCUGCACACGUAUACUCCUCCUCACUGCACUCCGGAUAACACGGGCUAUACCUAUUCACUCAGUUCAAGUUACUCGUCCGCAGCCCUCGAGUUUGAGAAGGAGCACAAAAUCAAUCCUGUGUACGACUCGCCCAGAAUGUCACGGCGUAGUUUGAGACUACAGACAACCAGUGGUUUUUAUGGUGACAACAGCUUCACUGAGCUCACGGGGAAUCACAAUGUCAGCUCCCACAAGCGGACCAGCACCACCACCAUGACCACCAGCAGCAGCAAAGUCAACAGGUCUGUGCGGAGCAGGAGGCAGCAGCAGGGGUCGUCCAUGUACGAGUCUCAGAGCGGGACUCAGACUCCACAGAACGACCAGAACACAUCAGACCUGAGCUUCAACAGUACCGCCAGUGAUGCGUCUCUGAUCUCCAGCCUGCUGGACACAUCCACGCUCAGACAGAGCUCCACCACACACAUGUACUCUGCACUGAGACGAAGAACGGCUAACAGCUCUCUGUUGGAGAAUGGAGAUGCCAGUAAAACGGAGGCGCAUGCUAAUCUGGCUAACGGCUACAUCUGUAAGGACUGUUCGUUCCACGCAGAUGGGAAGGAGGAUGAAACAGUGUUCACUUUACCGUACUCCGCAUCGUCAGUGCAUCAGACAGCUGUAGAUGGCACUGUGACCACCUCUCUGAACAGUGUGGACAAUGACAGAACAGCUCAUGACAGCUACUGUGGCAGUGUGAACGUGCGAGAUCUGGCGACCGCAGACAGACAUCUCAAUCUCAACGGCUCCCUCUGCGACGACUGCAAAGGGAAGCAGCACAUGGAAACACACAUGGAGCAUAAACGCUAUUCCUUCACCCGCCACCUAUUUACAGCCUUGUGGGCCCUUGUUUCUUACACAGGUGAUGACUACAAAGGGAAGCAGCACAUGGAAACACACAUGGAGCAUAAACGCUAUUCCUUCACCCGCCACCUAUUCACAGCCUUGUGGGCCCUUGUUUCUUACACAGGUUACGGUCUUCUGAGGGUUUGCCGAAGCUUCGGCUCUGCCGGUGCGUUUGUGACUCGGAAGCUGAAGUCCGUGCUGUGGUUGGCACUGUGUUCUCCAGGGAAAGCAGCGACUGGCGCCUUCUGGUGGCUGGGAACAGGAUGGUAUCAGCUGGUGGCGCUCAUGUCUCUGAUCAACGUCUUUCUUCUCACCAGGUGUCUGCCCAAACUACUGAAGCUUCUUCUGUUUCUGCUACCCUUCCUGCUGCUGUUCGGUUUAUGGUAUCUCGGUCCAACCAUUGCUCUGUCCUUCCUGCCAGCUGUAAACCUCACCGAGUGGAAAACAGCGUUCACUUCCAUCGCAUCACUUCCUUCCCUCCCUUCUCUGCCAUCUCUUCCCUCUUUACCUGCACUACCUUCCUUUAUAAAAGAACCACUAUUUGAAGAACAACGCAGCCCACCUUCAGCGAUCUCUCAGGCUGCAUCGGGGUCCAUUGACAGCGAGCGUUUGGCUCGACUCGAGCAGCGUGUGGCGUCACUGUGGGAAAGCGUCCAGCAGGGGGAGCUGAUAGCCAGGAAGCAGCAUGAGGAGGCCGUGGGUUCCGUUCAGGCCCUUCAGGACCAGAUAAACACACAGACAGACAGAGAGAGUCUCGGCCUGUGGGUCUCGCAGCUCCUCGAGCCCAAGUUCAGCGCACUCAAGGGAAAGAUGGAGAGAGAGACGGUCAGCAGGACAGAGACUGAGGAACAGCGCGUGCAGCAUCAGACGAGGAUCGAAACUCGACUAGCUGAGCUGGAACUUCUCCUUCAGAACCUGAACUCUAGAACUGAGGAAAUCCAUGUAACACAGCAGACUCCAGUACAGGCCCCUGUCAGUGUUGGAGUGUCUCAGGAGAACCAUGAUGCUUUGCUCUCUGAGGUUCAGAGGUUGGAAGCGGAGCUGGGCCGCAUCAGAGAAGACCUGCAAGGGGUGAUGGGAUGUCGGGGGAAAUGCGACCGGCUCGACACCAUACAUGAAACGGUGUCGGCUCAGGUGAAAAAAGAGUUGUACGCUCUGUUGUACGGUCAAAACGGGGGUGAAAUGGAGAUUCCCGAGCCCUUGUUGCCGUGGCUGGCAUCCCAGUACACACGCUCCUCUGACCUCACCGCGACCCUCAUGAUCCUGGAGCGCAGCAUUCUGGGAAACCUGUCUCUUCAGAUGCAGGAGAGCAAACAGCAGCAGUCCACCACUGAAACAAUUACUCAGACUGUCGCCCACACCGCUGGGGCUGCUGGGAUGUCAGAGGAGCAGGUGCAGUUGAUCGUCCAGCGUGCGUUAAGGCUGUACUCCGAGGAUCGCACCGGACAGGUGGACUACGCUCUGGAGUCUGGAGGUGGCAGCAUUCUCAGCACGCGCUGCUCUGAGACGUAUGAGACAAAGACGGCACUGAUGAGCCUGUUUGGGAUCCCACUGUGGUACUUCUCACAGUCUCCACGUGCCGUCAUCCAGCCGGACAUGUACCCUGGAAACUGCUGGGCGUUUAAAGGCUCCCAGGGUUAUCUGGUGAUCAGGCUGUCUUCAAGCGUGAUCCCGACCUCCUUCUGCCUGGAGCAUAUUCCCAAAAGCCUCUCUCCCUCGGGGAACAUCAGCAGCGCACCUCGACGAUUCUCUGUCUAUGGAUUAGAUGAUGAAUACCAGGAGGAAGGGAAACUACUGGGUGACUACACCUAUCAAGAUGAUGGAGAAUCACUCCAGAUCUUCCCAGUUAUGGAGAAGAAUGACAAGGCGUUCCAGAUCAUCGAGAUGCGCGUGCUUUCGAACUGGGGUCAUCCCGAUUACACCUGCCUGUAUCGCUUCAGAGUCCACGGCAAACCUCACACUCAAUAAACCCCCUUUGUACAGUACCGUAUCACCCUUUAUGUACAUACAGGAAACGCUCGGACUUUGACGCUACGUUUUUAAGACUUUAAUACGAAUGAUGGCCGAAACAGAGUUACAAGGAGCACAGCGGGAAAGAGCCGUGCAUUUCAAGCUAAGGAUUUCCCACUCGUUUCCUUCCCACUUCCCUGUUCUUGCACUGAUUCUCAUGCCCUUUCGGCCGGGCCCCGUGUUACGCUCCUGCCCCGUAGAGGUAUCUGUGCCUUCAGACAGAACACGCUUCUCUCAUUUUACUUUUGUUUUCUGAAUGUACAGAGACGUGUGAAGUUCAGGACACACUAAUGUAAGUAUCCGAGUAUCCGACUUCACCAGUCCGGAAGAGGGACGUUUUUAAAACCUUUACCACCGCUUACCCUCAUGAGAAUAUGUCUGGGUCAUAUUUCCCCCUUGGAAAGUUAUUUUUUACUAAAUCAAUCUUAUAUUAGGACUGCGAAGUUGUUGUUUUUUUUUGCAUUGUGAUGUUGUUUUUAAAUUUAAGCGACAAAAAGAAAAUCUUGUUACUGUAAUGCAAAAGUAUAUAUUAUUUAAAAAGUUUUUAUUUUUAUAUAUUUAUGAUAUCCUUCGUUUUACUGCUUUUUCAUUUGUACUGAUUUAAAUAAUUAAAUUGUAAUACAUCUUGAGAAAUUACUAUUGAGCGUCAUUUUUUUUUUCAAUAUUAUUAUUGAGAAUUUAUUCCAAUUACGUUUUUCUUUUGCAUUAUAAUAAUGUGGUCAUUUUAUAGGGAAAUGUUCCUAAUUUUCAAAUAAUGUGAUGAUGCAAAAAAAAAAAAAAACAUCGUAAAACAGUCCUUUUUUGCUUUAUAAUGCUGACUGAAGCUACCAAUCACAGUUGUGAGUUGUGUUAUUUGUACGUGCCAUUUAGGGCUGAUAUUAUUUUCAGUGUGAAAUAUGACCCAGACAGUAUUUUAUUUUUUGUACAAACGAACAGCCAUAAAUUGUAAGAGACACUAGCUUGAGCUCAGAUGGAGACGGGGAACGGGUGUUUAUGGAUGAGCAUGUGGACUAAUAUAUGUACAUUUGAACAAAACUGGACAUAAAACGCUCUCUCACUCAGUUUGUUUCUCUCGUCAGUAGUAUAUAACAUCACAGCGCAGUCAUGAUACUCCGCAGGAAUGUAACUUAUUGUAAUUAGCCCUUUUUAAUCGACUUAUCAGUGUUUAUUUUACAUAAAGGGGUGCGCCCUAUCGUCUUUAUCAUCAUUAUUUUCCUUUUUAUUGUGUUUUUGUCAAGCUUUUGAGUUAAAGUAGACAGCAGCGCACUGUUCUGUCUUUAUAAAGGAAAUGUAAGUUGCACAAGUCCUAUGUGAUUCAUUGGAUAUGUUUAAAAAGCCAGGGGUUCAUUUGCAGAACAGUGUCGUCAACACCACUAUGUUGACCUAUAAGAGUCCGUUUGUAAAAUACUAUUGAUUUGUUCGUGACUAUUUAUUUUACAGAAUUUUAGCUGAGAUAUAGGACUUUGUGCGGUGUGUUUUGUAAAAUGCUUUUCAGUGCAAAUUGGUCUGUUUAUAUUUAGUUUUGUUUUUUUUUGUUUUGUUUUUUCGGUCGUUAUAAAAUGGCUACAGUACUUUGACUUGUACCAGUAAAGAACUUUAAUUUUGA